AUGUCGCUCGCACGCGCUUUCACCACUCGCAAGGCCCGCAUGGGCAGCGACGUGAGUGACUACACCAAGUCGCCCCAGCGCAGCAACUCGACUCGCAACCACAACAACUCUCAGACGAUGCGUAGCAAGAUCUCAGGUCCCAUCCAGCUUGUCCACACCACCAACAUGCUCUCCUACAACGCCCCCGAUCUUCCCCGUCCCGCUCUCCGCAGCAAGGCGUCAAUCCGAUCCACAGACUCCGAGUCUCCAUCUGAAGCUCCUUCCGUUGAAUCCUCGCCGCCAACCAGCCCUGAGGUCUCCCCAGUCGAGGAGUGCCCCGGUCCCCGGCCUAACCAUCUGUCAACCUACUUCAUGGUCCCCGACAAGAGCCCCAUCUUGACAGCUGAUGCUCCCGCCAUUCCCAGGAGAUCGCCUUCCCACACCAAGCAGAACUCGUAUGAGAGCCUUGCCCGCCACCGAUCUACCUCGCGCAUGUCCAAGGAUUCGGACCACUCCGUGUCAACCAAGGCUAGCUUCAGCUUCUCGCGAACUUCUUCCACAUCCACCCGUGCCUCUUCAGCUUCCUCCCUGUCCAACGGUCAGAGCCAAAAACCCGCCCCUCCCCCAGUUCCCUCGCCCGCAGUACGCCCAGCUUUCCAGCAGCGAAUCAAGGAGGCACAUCCCUUUGGCCAGGAGCUAGCCCAGGUCACCGAAUUGGCCGAGGAGUACGGAGCCCGAAGCAACACCAAGAUCGACGAGGAAGACAACGUCUACAUCAAGACCAGGGGCCUUGUCAAAUUCACUGCCGACGACUACAUCAACGACGUUCAAAACCUGAUCAACAGCUUCUUCCCGGAAAUGGCCCACGCCAAGCCUGCCGCCCCCCUGUGGAUCUAA